GUUGGGUGUUUGAAGGGUAUAAAGGCUUCUGACGCGAACAGACUGAAAUAAACCGCAGAAGAAGACACACAAAGUGGGUUACAGAGAGAGGGAAGGACCAGAAGAAGAUGGACAUCCAGACGGGUCAGUUGGUGCGUCCUGUCAGCGCCAUGGAGAGUCUGGAGAAGCAGCUCAGUUGUCCGAUCUGCCUCGACAUGUUCACCAAGCCGGUGGUGAUCCUCCCCUGUCAACACAACCUGUGCCGCGGCUGCGCCAACGACCUCUACGAGUCCAGGAACCCCUACCACUUCUCCGGGGGAACCUUCCGCUGCCCCACCUGCCGCUUCGAGGUGGUCCUGGACCGGCACGGCGUGUACGGGCUACAGAGGAACCUGCUGGUGGAGAACAUCAUUGACAUCUACAAGCAGCAGCAGGAGAGUCAGGGGACUGACAGCGAAGACCCUCCUCUGAAGGAUAAAGACACCAAGGAGCCAAAGUGUAAAGAACAUGAGGACGAACGCAUCAACAUCUACUGCGUCAGCUGUCAGACACCCACUUGCUCCAUGUGCAAGGUGUUUGGGCAGCACAAGGACUGCCAGGUGUCCCCGCUGCACACCAUCUACCAGAGCCAGAAGAACGAGCUGCGCUCGGCCAUGGAGCUGCUCGCUGCUGGAAACAGCUGCGUCCAGGUCGUCAUGGCACAGAUGGAGGACACGUGUAAGCUGAUCCAGGAGAACGGAGAACAGAAGAAGAGGCGGCUGGGCGAGAGCUUCGACCUGCUCUACGCCAUUCUGGAGGAGCGUAAAGGCCAGCUACUGGAGCAGAUCAGCAGGGUGGAGCAGGAGAAAGUGUCCACACUCAGAAAGCUGGCAGAAGAGUACAAGCAGCAGCUGCAGCUCAGCAACCAGCUGCAGGAAAAACUGUCACACAACCUGCAGUUCUGCAGUGCCGCAGAGUUCCUGCUCACCGCCAAGCAGCUGCAGGAGGAGGCCCAGCAGGCCGCCCGGGCCGCCUGGCUUGAGAGACUCGAGCCAGGCUACGAGAACAUGGAGCACCUGAGCCUGGACACCCAGGAGGUCGAGGCCCUGCUCGCCCGCAUGGAUUUCAGACAAGGGUACGACGACGGAGACCAGGAUUCCGAAACAAAGUGACAGCAGUAAGACAAGAUGUCAGAAGAAGAAGCUACUGCUGCCUCAGGAACUUCAGGGACAGGAAACGGAGAUGUGCAAUCCUUUCAUUUUUUUUUUACUCGUACAAAAUGAAACAUUUUGUACUUGACUUUUUAUACCUUUCUAUGUAUGAAUGUUUUUCUCACUCAUUCUUCACGUCUGGACAAAGUCUAGUCAAGAAGAGUCUAUUUAUUGUGUUCGGGAUGUUUUGUCACUUUGAAAAACUGAAAACUUGAACUGCAAACUCUCCACUUGAUUUCAGACUCUGCUGUAACUCUUGGGAGUGUGAAUAAAGUUUUGAUUGUUAA